UCUCCUCCACUCACACAAUUCGAUUCAUCAAUCAAAACUGGGAGCGAAAAAUAAUUAAACGAAAUGAGCACAAGAUAAGUGUGGACCAUAAAACAUCAGAUGGGCUUUCUCAAGAACCGAGGCGCAAAUUACCAUAGGAAUGUCAAUGUGGAUACUGCACUUGAGCACAAAAUUUCUUCCACUGCUUCGAAAAGCCCCGAUUCGUCCAGUUUCGCAGCGACUUGGUGCUUCCUUUAGGAGUUUCUGCGACUGCCAGAAACCAAAAAAGAUGGAGCUCCCGGAAGGAAUCCUCAUGGGCUUUGGCAAUCCCCUUUUGGACAUCACUUGCAUGGUAGAGGACAACGUGAUCCUGGAGAAGUACGGCUUGGAUGCGAAUGCAGCGAUUAUUGCCGAGGAGAAACACGAUGCCCUGUUCGACGAACUGAUGAACAUGGAGGACGUCACCUACUCCGCGGGAGGAGCCUGUCAGAACUCGAUGAGGGUGUUCCAGUGGAUCGUGCAGACACCAUUUCGAGCAGUCUUCGUUGGCGCCGUAGGAAAGGACAAAUUAGGUGACCGCAUCGAAAAGAGAGCCAGAGCCGAUGGUCUGCAAACACUUUACCAGCCGAAAGAAGAGCUCCCAACAGGCUCCUGUGCAGUGAUCAUCAAUGGCCCGAACCGCUCCUUGGUGGCCAACCUGGGGGCUGCCUCGCUCUUCUCGGAGGACUGGGUGGAUGAUGAGGACAAUGAAUGUGCCCUGGAACGCGCCGCGUACAUCUACUUCACGGGAUUCUUCCUGGCCGUGUGUUCUUCAGUCGUGGAGCGAGUUUCGAAGAUGUGCUGCGAGUCCAAUCGUAUUGCGAUCCUCAACUUCAGCGCCGUGUUUGUGCUGCAGAUGCAAAAGGACGCCCUGGCUGAGAUUCUUCAGUAUAUCGACAUUAUCAUUUGCAACAAGGAGGAGGCUAUUGCGUACGGAGACGUGCACGAUUGGAAGACGAAGAAUGUCUUCGAGAUUGGCUCUCGGCUGCAAAAGUUGCCGAAGGCAAACGUUCGCCCACGCCUUGUGAUGAUCACAGAUGCUGUGUGUCCGGUGCUCAUCUUCCAGGAAAACGACCGAGUCCUUGAGUAUCCAGUUCCAAAGGUAACCAAAGGCGAGGUGUUCGAUACGAAUGGUUGUGGCGAUGCCUUCGUCGGCGGAUUCCUGGCCAUGCUUGUCCAAAAGAUGCCCUUGGAUUACUGCAUCCGCACGGGUAUAUUUGCCUCCCAGCAGAUCCUAAACGUAGUCGGAGUCCAGAUCGAAAAAUUGCCAAAGUUUAGCGAAAAGUGCAUAUAAAUAGGAAAUACCAUCUUGCCCUUAAAUAAAUUUUCAGUAAAGUUCUAAGAA